AUGAGUUCCAAGGUAGAAAAAAUUUAUCCGUUUGAGUUAUAUGUCGGAAAAGUGAUUGAUAACUAUAAAGAGAGCAAAAUUGUAUGCGAGCAAGUGAAGUCAAUUAGUAAAAAAAGGUUAUUGCCUAGUAAGGCAGGAGUAUUACCUUCGGAAUUAUUAACUAAAGCAGAAAUUAAGUUGAAAAAG